UUGACGUUGUUUGUGGGGAGGUGGCGGGCGGUUGCUACUCGCACGUAGCUUCUAAAUAACUCGUGUAGCGGAUUUAAGCUUCUCAGAGUGGGAUGUAGAUGUCCUGCUGCCUCUCGCUGUAGCCCACCGAGUUAAUAAUAGGAGCACGGGUGUCGAUCUAUUUUAAAAGGGGGUGUCGUCCUAUUCUCGUUGGAUCCGUUUUAUCCGCGCGUUUCUCACGAGGUAUGUGUGGGAGGAGAAUUUCCAGUAACGGCGUAUAUCAAAAAUAAACCUCCUUCAUACGAAGAGAAGAGCAGAAAGCAUAAAUAGGGUCGUAAUGUCCAGACUGCAGCUGUACUGGUGAGUGUAAUAACAAGAAUCGUCUUAGUUGGGGACGAGAGCCUUUGUUUUAGUGAAAUUAGUAAGGAUUAGUUAGAAUGUCCUCCUACUUUUAAUUUGAAGAGGUCGUCUAUUUUGAGAAGAUACUGCAACUCAGCCGAGAUAAAGCGCACGUUUUAAUCCAGUCUCCAUUUUCACCAACUGAAUGCUGGCUGUUCUACGAAAGAUGUAUGCCACUGUGCGUUUGAUGGUUUUAUCACUGUUUGUUUGGAACGCGGCAGUUCUUGUCCCCUUUGAAUCAGAAGACAUUGUACCUGUUCGGAUAAAUCUUAAAACGAGCAACCGCUUCUGGAAAAGAAGCGAGGAACCGCCGAGAUUUGUCCUCACUGCAUUUGGCAAGGACAUGACUUUAAAUCUUAUACCAGACACCAGCUUCAUCGCUCCUUCCUUUACCAUACAACGCAUAAAAUCCAGAGAUGUUGAUGCUUUACGCAGAGCUAAAGACGUCAAGAAAGUCUUUGACGCUGAUUUUCAGGCAGCUGUGAGCCAGACAGAAGACAGCGAGGAACAACCAAUACGCUGUUUUUAUUCUGGAAAUGUAGAUAACGAUCAAAACUCGGUUGUGUCUGUCAGUUUGUGUUCUGGCAUUUUCGGCUCUUUCAUGACGGAAGGGAAAGAAUAUUUUAUCAAACCCAAAGUUAGCGGUGACGUGGGUCCACACUCUUACAAGCAGAUGCAUGUCCUCAAGCGGAGGAUAUUCACCGAAAGCCCUGGUGUCUCCUAUGAUCAGACGACGGAGAAGCGCUUAUUGGAAAAGCACGUUGAGGAAAGUUUUACGCACAGCCACGGUGACGCACAGAGGGAUCCUCGCCGCAGACGCUUUGUUUCCGCGCCACGCUUCAUAGAGACACUGGUGGUAGCAGACUCAACAAUGACCCAGUUUUAUGGAGAUGAUGAAAUAAAGCUCUACAUUCUGACCCUGAUAUCAAUGGCUGCUCAGUUUUAUAAGCAUCCCAGCAUAAAGAAUGCAGUGAACAUUGUGGUGAUGAAGAUGUUGAUAGUGGAGGAUGAGGAGGUUGGCCCAGAAGUUUCUAGCAAUGGAGAUGUGGCUUUAAGGAAUUUUUGCUCCUGGCAGCAGCUCUUCAAUCCAACGAGCCAGAGGCACCCAGAGCACUAUGAUACUGCCAUGCUCUUCACUAGAGAGGACAUCUGUGGACAAAAGAGCUGCGAAACGUUGGGUGUGGCUGAUGUUGGGACAAUGUGUGACCCCAAGAGAAGUUGUUCAGUCAUUGAGGACAAUGGCCUGCAGGCUGCCUUUACAGCUGUACAUGAGCUUGGUCAUGUGCUGAGUAUGCCUCAUGAUGACUCCAAGACAUGUGAGAGGCUGUUUGGAGAUUUAGGAGGACACUACCUGAUGGCUCCUGUGUUUGUCAGCCUCAACAAGACAGAGCCUUGGUCUCCCUGCAGCGCUCUCUAUAUCACAGAGUUUUUUGACAAUGGGCAUGGGGACUGUUUAUUAGAUGUCCCAGAAAGGUCCUUGCCAUUGCCAAAGGAGCUACCAGGUGUCAAGUACAGCUUGGACCAACAGUGCCAGCAAAUCUUUGGAGAAGAUUUCCUACACUGCCCCAACAUGUCAGACAGUGAUGUUUGCAGCCAGCUUUGGUGCCAGGAGGACGGGACUUCACAGUGCUCCACUAAAAAUGGCAACUUACCCUGGGCUGAUGGCACACCAUGUGACAUCACUGGCACCUGUCGCCAUGGAACCUGCAUGUUAAUGGAAAAGAUGAUGAAGCCACUGAUAGUGGUGGACGGUGGCUGGAGCUUUUGGGGACCAUGGCAACAGUGCUCCAAAACCUGUGGAGGGGGAGUGGAGUUUUCCUACAGAGAGUGUACUGACCCUGUACCUGAGAAUGGAGGAAAGUACUGUGAGGGUCAGAGGAUUCGGUACCAGUCCUGCAACUCUCAGCCGUGUGAUAACAACAAAGGAAAGAGUUUCAGAGAAGAGCAAUGUGAGAAGUACAACAGCCUGAAUUUCCUGGACUACAAUGGGAACAUGAAACAGUGGAUACCAAAAUAUGCUGGUGUUUCUCCCAGGGAUAGGUGUAAGCUGAUAUGUAGAGCCAGAGGAAGCAGUGAAUUUAAGGUUUUUGAAUCUAAGGUGACUGAUGGCACAACAUGUGGCCCUGACACCACAUCAGUGUGUGUUCGAGGCCAGUGUGUAAAAGCAGGGUGUGACCAGGUGAUUGGAUCUUUUAAAAAGGUGGACAAGUGUGGAGUUUGUGGGGGGAAUGGGGUCAACUGCCAAAAGAUUACAGGUUUUUACAACAAAGCAAUUUUUGGAUACAGUGACAUUAUUACAAUUCCAAUUGGUGCCACUAACAUUGAUAUCAAACAGCGGGGCCACAGAGGACUUAAACAUGAUGGCAACUACCUGGCCAUUAAAAAAGACUGCGGUGGCUACGUAUUGAAUGGGAACUUUUCUAUAUCUACAGUAGAGCAGGACAUUUUUGUGCUGGGUGCUGUGCUGAAAUACAGUGGGUCCUCUACCACUUUGGAGCGAAUCCAAAGCUUUGGGCAACUAAAGGAGGACAUCACCAUCCAAAUCCUGGCCACUGUGGGGGGUGUUAAUCCUCCAAAAGUCAAAUACACUUUUUUCAUCCCAAGAGAUGUGACAUUCAAUAAAUCCAAGGAAAACAAAGACUCAUCACAGAUUUUACAUAUGAUAUAUCCCUUUGGGGAGCCUGAAUGGGUAAUUGGAGAGUGGUCUGAAUGCUCCAAGAGCUGCAAUUCUGGAUGGUCCAGGAGGAGCAUUGAAUGCACAGACAAUGCAGGCUUUCUUUCCAGUCAGUGUGACAAAGAUCUGAAACCCAUGGAUAUCAGGCCUUGUGGGGAUCUACCAUGCCCUAUAUGGCAGAUGGGACCUUGGUCUUCCUGCUCACAAACUUGUGGCCAGGGAGAGCGUCGCCGCAGUGUGUUCUGCAUAGACUACACUGGCAUGACUGUCGAGCCAGAGAAGUGUGAUCCGAAAAAAAUCCCAGAGCCAGUCUCUGGAGAAUGUCUCAAUCAGGAGUGCUUAUGAAGAACAACAUAAGAAAAUUUUGCAACUCUGGGUGGAUUAUUUAACAGACAGGCCCAGAAAGUAAGUACCAAAAUGACUAGAAACAGACACAAAGUGACAACAAAGACAUUAAAGCAGGUAUGAAGUGUUUUAGAUAGGGCCUUGGUCUUGAUGCCUUUGAAAUUAAGUCCAAGGUAAGAGGGUCUGCAGAGUCUUCUGCCUACUUUAGCCAGAAAAGUACAUUGGAAUAAAACCGUAGAGACAGUUGUCUGAAAAUAUGUCUCCACGGACAGCUUAUGAGGAAUAGUGAAGCACAGUGAACUUUUCUAUUUUGGUCUGAAUGCAUUAUCAUUUUUGUGGAAAUAUUCUUAAAAAGAAAUCAACUGGAGAUCAUCAGUGAUAAACCAUCUCAAAGUUUA